UAUCCGCUUUGAGUACACAUCGCGUUGUAUUUAUUACUCAGUGGAAGCAGCAGCUCCGCAACUCAGAGAGCCAAACGCAACGCAACUACUCUCCGCUCGCUGGAAGCAGCAGCUCCGUAGCACGGCGCCAGACACAACGCUGCCGGAAAAAUGCAAAUCUAUGGCGCUUUCUCAACUUCCUCUCCCCGGAUUGUUGCUUCCAUCGCUUGCCGCUGUCACGUGUCUAAGCACUUGCGGUUUCCUCACAGUUUAAACUAUGGAUCUAUACGAGGGAGCAGGAAGCUUAAGGUUGCUAAAGUGAAGGCUGGCUUUUGGGAAUCCAUAAGAUCUGGGUUUGUUAAAAACAAUAAUGCACAAGUUAUUGAAUCACCUUCCACUAUCGAAGAAGAGGAGGAACAUUUGCCUCAAGAAUUUGUUCUAGUUGAGAAGACUCACCCAGAUGGGUCUGUUGAACAGAUAAUUUUUUCUUCAAGUGGAGAUGUUGAUGUAUAUGACCUCCAAGCCUUAUGCGAUAAGGUGGGCUGGCCUCGGAGGCCACUAUCAAAACUAGCUGCAGCUUUGAAAAACAGCUACAUGGUUGCUGCAUUACAUUCUGUAAGAAAAUCUCCAGGAUCAGAGGAAAAUGAGCAAAAGAAGCUUAUAGGAAUGGCCCGUGCUACAUCAGAUCAUGCCUUCAAUGCAACAAUUUGGGAUGUGCUAGUGGAUCCAAACUAUCAGGUUGCUGUAUGGUAGAAACUGAUGGACUGCUGCUGGUUGCUGUAAUUUCUCGAGUUAGUUGCUGUUGAUGGCUGUGAGUAUGGUUGCUGAAAAGUGUAGAACAGUUGUGAUUUGCAGUGGAUUACAAGAAUGGAUUCAAGUUGGGAUUCUGAUGCCAAAAUUGAUCAGGGGUAGAAACUUGAUAGCAGAAAAUUGGAGAAGAAAGAAGAAAAUUAGAGAGGCGGGAGGAGAAAUCUGCGGAAAAGAAAGAAGAAGUAGAGAGAGAGGGAGAUCCCAGAGGGAGAAUCGUCAAAUCUUUAUUCCAAAAUCAACUAUCUCUUGAUUACAUUGCUAAUGCCUAUUCAUAUGCUAAAGUUCAAGUAAAAAGAUAAUACUUCAAGUUACAGUUAUCCAGGCAAAUCUACUAAACCAAACGCCAAAAUCAAAAAUAAAAUAAACCAAAAAUUAUGUAGAUCAAAUUUCCAUUGUUACUGGUUAAGUUAUUAUAUUCUUCCCUUUAAGCGGCCUUUUCUUUGUUAUAAUCUCCACAGAAUGCCAAUAUUGUAUCUUUUGCCUUCUAAAAUUUAUAACUGCCUCAGAGGGAUCCAAUG